AUCCCACCCCCUGCCUCUGUGGCAGGUACAUUACUUCCUACUCACUCUCUAGCUUUGGGCAUUAUGGUUUGCAAUACAGAUACUGAGAGGCCAUCAUGUUUGGUCCAUAGUCUACUUUCAGCACACAUCCCUCCAACCAUCAUUUACAUAGUGGUCCCUUCUCUAUCUCAACUGCCUUUUCCCCCAGCACAUGAGAUCGGCUUCCAAACUGUGUCAUGAUCCUCCUGGUCCUUAUCUCUACUGUCCUUAGGUGUUAGUCUCAUAUUAUGCUACUUUAUAGUCCACAAAUGAGUGCAGUUAUUCUAUGCCUGUCCUUCUCUUUCUAAUUUCACUUAGCAUGAUACUCUCCAUGUCCAUCCACUUAUAUGCAAAUUUCAUGAUUUCAUCUAACAGCUGCAUAGUAUUCCACUGUAUAGAUAGAUAUACCAAAGUUUCUUUAACCAGCCAUCUGUUUUCAGGCACUUGUGUUUUUUCCAGAUUCUGACUAUUGUGAACAGUGCUGCAAUAAAUACACUAGUGCAGGUGUCAUUUCUACUGUUUUUUUGUUUGUUUUUUGCUUCUGUGGGAUAUAUUCCCAGGAGUGGUAUUGCUGGGUCAUUGCUGAGUCAUCUAGAUUUUGAAGAAAUGUCCAUAUAGUUUUUCAAAAAGGCUGGACCAGUCGGCAUUCCCACCAACAAUGAAUGAGAGUCCCUUUCUACCCACAUCCGCACCAGCACCAUUUGUUCUUAUUCUCAAUGAUGCCAAGCUGGCUGGGGCUCCCAGCGCAAAAAGCUGGCUGACCAUUGGCAUCUGCCAAGAUCCUGGAGGCAGAGUAAGCCACCCCCUAGAGCUCACCCUCCUUCCGUGUAAGCCCUGGACCACAGAAAGGGAGCGGCUCAGCUGUAGAACUGAAUGGGCUUCUGGGGCUCCUGAUCUGUCCUGCCCUCGCAGGCAGCGAGGAGCCCUUCACCCGGGAGGAGGAGAACCUCAUGGGGGCCAGUUUUGCAUGGCCGCACCCAUGUUCCCAAAGAGGGCCUGGAAGCUGCAGAACAGGAUGUUGAGAGAAACAAAACAAAAUUGAAGCGUUGGUGCUGGUGUGUGUGUGUGGGAGGUGGGGAAUAUUCCAGGCACUAGGCUUAUUAGGGAACUAAGUCACUUUGCAAAGAAGAGGCAAGGGGGUCGUUUACCCCACAGAAUAAAACACCCAGUUUUAUCCUUUGCCGGUUUUUCGUUGUCUUUUGUUUGGAGUUACUACCCAGUGGUGCUCAGGGUUCUCGCCUGGCGGGGCUCGGGCGCUGGGGAUCGAACCACAGGCCAGUUCUCCUUCCUCUCUGUUCCGGGACAAGGCCGAGAGGAUCAGAGAUUGCUUUUAGCGGCCCCUAGGGCUGGUUCAGCCUGAAGUCCCAGGCAGCUCAGGGCCAGCUGGAAGUAAAACAUUUCUGGUAAUGAACCGGUUCAGGAGCCGAGUUUCCAUAGCAACUGUAACCCAAGCCGAUCUCCGCAACUGUUUCUCCGGGGACAGCCCAGACUUUGGUUCCAGCCAUCGUCUCUAUGGUUCUGACUUCCUAGAAGAGCCGAUACGACACUUCCGGGAACAUGGCGGCGCACGGGUCGGGUCUGGCACAUGUUUCCGCGGAUGGGACCCGGCGGCAGUCACUGUCAGGGUCUCCUGUCCCCGCGUAGGGGCGGCGGGAAUCCAGGCUCAGGAGGAGAAUGAGCGAAGCGGGGAGAGUUUUACCUAGGUGCUAACCAGGAGGGCUGGAAUUUGGACCUCAAGAGGAAAGGAAGCCCAGGGCAAGAGCAGCCGGCCUCUUUAGAAUCUUAAGAAGUCUGUUUCUCCAGCCCUUAUUUUCCAGAAAAUCCAGGUUGAUCGGAAAGAAAACAGUUCCAGAAAGUGUGUUUGCAGCCUUCAGUACAGCAAGUAACAACCGGACGCAUUUCCCUCAAUUCCUGGCUCUACGCUAAGCACACGGGUGGAGACUGAAUCUCAUCCUUGACCCGGCCUUAUCAUUUCGAAUUUCUGUGACAAGAGAGAUCGUGGGCUGAGGGAUAACCCCUGCCCUUGGGAGGGCUCUAGGACACAACAUACUUGUCACCAUGACUGCUGCCCAGGAGGUCAAGAGUCGUGGGAUGAAGUUUGCUGAAGAGCAGCUGCUAAAGCAUGGAUGGACGCAAGGUGGGACAUGACCCUGCCAAGGAGUUCACUGAUCACUGGUGGAGCGAUCUCUUCAACAAGACGGCGGCCAGCUUGGUGGUGGAGGCGAAGCAGGAUGGAGUCCAGCUAAGGCGUGUGUCAAAGGAGACCCCCCGCCCAAACCAUCCCAAGCCCAACAUGCUGUAUCAGAAGUUCGUCAAGAUGGCCACACUGACUUCGAGUGGGGAGAAGCCAGCACAGGACUUGGAGCACUGCAGUGAGGAUAACAGCCCUGGGCUCAAGCUUCCAAAGAUUCUGACUGACGAGAUGCUUCUCCAGGCUUGUGAGGGGCGAACAGCACACAAGGCUGCCAGGCUGGGGAUCACCAUGAAGGCUAAGCUGGCUCGGCUAGAGGCCCAGGAACAGGCCUUCCUGGCUCAUCUCCAAGGUCAGGAUCCUGGGAACCCACCAGUUCAGCCUGAGAGCAAGACCCCCAAAAAGAAGAAAAAGAAAAGGAAGCAGAAAGAGGAGGAAGCAGCAGCAGUCCCUGAAGAGCAGGCCCAGGAGGAGCUCCCAGACUGUCCUGAGCAGAGCCCCAGGAGAAGCAAGAAGAAAAAACACCGAGAGCGGGUCAGAGAGGAGUCCGAGGGAAGCACCAUAUGCCCCGAGGACGUGCAGGACAGAGAGCAGAGUGAGCAGCCCCGCAGGAAAAGACGGAAGCAGCAGCAGCACUCUGAGGAGGCAAGUGAGGGGGCUGCCUGCAGCCCAGAGAGCAAAGCUCACAAGGACCCACACCGCAGGAGCAAGAAGAGCUGCCCUCCAGCAGAGGAAAGGGACCUGGACGGAGAGACAGGUACAGUCUGCAGGGCCAGGAAGCACAGGAGCAAAAAGAAAAGGCAGCAGUGUCCCGAGGAGGAGGAGGAGGAGGAGGAUGUUGUAAUGCUGAGAGGCGAGGAGGAGGAGGAGGAGGAGCAAGAGGAGGGGGAGGAGGGCUGGACUCUGGAUGCAGAGCUCAGAGCACCCACUGGCACGAGCCAGAGAGACAUAAAAAGGUGGCGGCAGCUACCAGCCAAACAAAGAACAUGUGAGUGCACAGACCAGAGAGCAAAAAAGAAGAAACACAAGAAAAAGGACUGAACUCAGGUUGGGGAGGGUCCCACCCAUUUCCUCCCUAGGAAGGAAACGGCUCAGCCAGUUGCCGAGAUCCCAACUUGGGUGCUUACAGGAGCCAAGCAAGAUUCUGAAGGGGCUCCUAUGGGAAGUGGCUGAAAACGGGAGACUCACGUGCAAAGGACUGGCCUUAAAAUAUUGGGAAGACUGGGGCCGGAGCGAUAGCACAGCAGGUAGGGCGUUUGCCUUACACGCGGCUGACCCGGGUUCGAUCCCCGGCAUCCCAUAUGGUCCCCCAAGCACUGCCAGGAGUAAUUCCUGAGUGCAAAGCCAGGAGUAACCCCUGAGCAUCGCUGGGUGUGACCCAAAAAGAAAAAAAAUUAAAAAAAAAAUAUUGGGAAGACUAAGAAAAGCAGAAAUUUAAGCCUCUGAACACCGCACCUAGGUCACUGUUAUCAAAUGAUUAAUAAACAUCAGCUUGGUUCUGAGCUUGUAGUCUAAGAAACUACCUGUUUGUCCAAGAAUGAGUUUGAGUGAGUGAGUGAGAGAGAGAGAGAGAGAGAGAGAGUAGGUUUUUCUAGAAACCCCUCCCGCUCAUCUC